AAGAAGUUCCUUUUGAUUUCGUUUGGAGUUUUAGAAACCAAGAAAUAGCUUUGUUUACUUUUGAUUUCGCCAUGUUCGUUCAUAUUCCACAGGAAUCUACAUGCACGAAACCCAAUCUCCAGCUACUUUUGUCCACAGACGACACAAAAGCGUUGUAUAGCGGAUGUAAAAACCUUUUAUAUCCGAGAUGUCGGGUCUUGUGUUCAGUUGUAGUAGUGGAACCCGUCAGUACUGACGCAGUCGGACUCAGCUCCCCAGAAAGUGCCAAACCCUCUCGAAAACCGGACAAUUUUGAGCGUCAGUUUUGAAAAGGCCUGACUAUUUGCCUCUGGAGGUAUCUCAUAUCGUUCUCCUGCGUUCCAUAUAGAUCAUCGUGUCCCUUCCUGUCAUCCACCCAGUUGCUGCGUGUGCGAUGACAGGGGAAUAUCUGUUGCGUCUAUUUUUCCUCCCUGGUUUGCUCUCUCUUGGAGUCCACAGCGAGGGAGACGGUUCCACGAAUCCGAGCCUAAAAGUCGACGAAGGAUGCUCUGCUAAGGUAACGGUCAUCAGCGGUAAGACGCUCGUCAUGAGGUACUCUGAAGAGGAAAGAGAGGAAAUCUCCAAGAAUGUGGAACAAGUUAGACUUUAUUGCAAACCAGAUGACGGCUUUGAAGGUAUACAGGUAGAAGUUCAUGGGAGAGUUUUUUUUAAGGUUACAGUGAAUUUCACAGCUGAAGAGCUUGGUAUAUCCCCUGUUUCUCGAUGGUAUGACGUCACUGUUACAUUUUCUUAUAGACGAUUUUUGCCAGUAUGGAAUUGGUAUAUCAACGUCUCUGUCAAAGAUGGAGGAGAAGUGGAAAAACGUGUCAAGGAGGCUGCAACGAGUUUAUUAAGACUGACCACCAUGUUUAUAUACUCUCUCGGACCGUCAGAAUGGAGGUUUUCCCAACCGGACGAGCGCUGCUACAACCAAAGUGGCCAAAAUACCACUUCUACGGAUGAAAGCGAUAAUCAGACCCAGUCUCCAUUGAUUCUCUUCAUUGUUCUUGGGGUUGCCUUGGCUAUAAUCAUUUCGAUAACGAUCGCAGUUGCGUGCAAGAGCAAGCUCACGCGAGCUGCGGUUCCCCCUCAAACGGACCCCGGGGCAGCGAGUUCGAGAACCGUCAGUACCGAGAAUCCCAUCUAUGGGUACGUACGUUACUGAUUCGACCCUUAGGACUGAAAACAUCGGUUGUGGAUGGUCGAGACGGUAUUUGCACCCUGCUUUCAUUCGUCAAGGCUGGCCCUAUGAAACGGUGUUUGCACCCUGAUUUCAUCCGUUAAGUCUGCAAACAUCUUCACUGUGGCCCUAUGAAACUUAGGGUUCAUAAGACGAUCUUUUGAUAUUACAUUAUAUUAUAACUCUGGGGUUCAUAAGAUGAUUUUCUGAUAUUAUGUUAUAUUCUGAUUUUGAGGCUCAUAAGAUGACCUGAUAUUAUGUUAUAUUCUGACGUGGGGUUCAUAAGAUGAUUUUCUCAUAUCAUGUUAUAAUCUACUUUGGGAAUUGAUAAGAUGGUCUCCUGGUAUCAUGUUAUAUUCUAAUUUUGUGGCUCAUAAGAUGACCUUUUGAAAAUAUGUUAUAUUCUAAUUUGAGAUUCAUAAGAUGACCUUCUGAUAUUGGUUAUCACAGUUUCUAUUUUGAUAUUUUUAGCUGAGCCAAUAUGUUUGAACGGUUAGUAAAUAUUUUCCUUCAUCCAAAUAUUAUUUUACUCACAGGCCCGCAAAUCCUUUACCCUCAAUCAUACUAUUAUCAUGGAACAAAUUAUUUUUGAGAUUCACUGAAGACUCUACAGAACGGUGAUGAAUGUAAAGGUAGGAAUAUAAUAUCAUCAACAUUGGAAAUGUAAGAGAUUCAGACGUGCAUGUAGAAAUAUUUUCUUUCUACCUCUGGAUAUGACAAAACCGUGCUGUUCUUCUCUCUCUCUCUCUCUCUCUCUCUCUCUCUCUCUCGAUGUCUCCUCGGAUGGACUAAUAAGUCUUGGAGACAUCCUAAUCUUUGUAACU